AUGAAGGCUUUGCAAUGGAAUAUUCCUAUUCUGUAUCGUUUGGGUCUGUUUAUUUUACAAUGUGCUCUUUUGAUAAUAAUAUCACAUAUCAAAGAUAUUUUAAUAUCUGUUCAGCAAACGACAGUUAUAGUUGUUCCGACACAAUUUUGUCGUCUUAUUGAUCAAGUUGAUCGGUCUUUCUAUUGGGUCCAAUUAAUCUCUGCGCAACUUUGCAUUAGUCUAACGAAUUCACUCCUAUUGGAUUCAAUGUCAAGUUUUCCAUUCGGAUGGCUCAUGGGUGCAAUCAUUACCUUAUUAAUCGAUCAUUUCUGCUGGUUUGUCGCAGACAGAUAUCCACGUCUAUUCCAAAAACCGGUCACAGUUAGGGCACAAUAUCAAUAUUUAUCCGACAAUCGACGGUUGGUUCUUGGCAUAUUUUCGAUAUCAUGCACAGCACUCGGUUUAGCAGGCUUCACCAUGAUCUGCACAUUGCCUGCAUAA